CAAAUUGACUUUCACUUUCCCGACCUUGCUGCAAACUAUAUCUUAAGAGUCGCCGACAAACAUGCCUUACUCGCUAAAGGGAAGAAACGUGCUGGUGACAGCCGGCUCCAGAGGCCUAGGCGCCCUGGUAUGCGAGAAGUUUGCAGCUGAAGGUGCCAACGUGCUUAUCAACUACCACUCCAACGCAGAGGCUGCGCAGCAAUUGGCCGACAAACUUGAGAAAGAGUACUCGGUGAAGUGCCACAUCGCUCAAGCUGAUACGCUCGUGGCCGCCGAGAACGACCAGCUUAUUCACACAACAGUGGAAAAGCUAGGCGGUUUAGAUAUCAUCAUUGCGAAUGCUGGAUGGACGCGCUUUACUCGCCCCGGAGACAUUUAUGAUAUGUCCCACGAUGAAUGGAACAAGUGCUGGGCAGCCAACGUAAUGUCCCACCUGCAGCUUAUGCAAACCGCUCAGCCUAUCAUGUCGAAAAACCCCGACGGCGGCGUCUACAUCGCAACUUCUUCUAUUGCCGGAAUCACAACGAGCGGAAGCAGCAUGGCAUACUCAGUCACCAAAGCAGCAGGCCUGCACCUGAUGAAGCAUUUCGCCUUCACAUUUGGACCAGAGAUCCGCGUCAAUGCAGUCUUGCCGGGUCUACUUCUGACGGAAUGGGGCAUGAAGUUCGGUGAUAACAUAAUCAAUGCGCUAAAGGAGCGAUCUACUUUGAGACACGAGACGUACCUGGACGACUGUGCGGAUGCAUACAUCAGUCUUGCGAAGAAUACGUCUGCGACGGGCCAGCAGCUCACUAUUGAUGCGGGUUUGGCUCUUGGACAUCUCCCAUCAGCUAAAGUUUGA